AUGUCAGCCAGUGCCAACAACCACCCAGCAGUGGGCGUAUUCUUCACUUCCUUCUUGUCACUGUUCGUUUUACUGUUGAUGGGAGGUUUUAUUGUUUUAUAUUAUUUCAACAAGACGGUUUGGAUGGGUAACAAACUCCCAACAACUUAUGUUUAUCCGGAUGAAAUUUUGAAUUGGUUCCUGUUCGGAGCAAUUUCUGUUGGAUGCUGUUGGUUAGCCACUCUCAUCGUCGUGUACAAGAAUUUGAGAUCUUGUUGUACUUAUAUGAAGAGUGAAAGAGUAUAA